CGUAACAUCACACGCCAUCAUUCCAUCCAUACAGGCCUGGGUAGAAAGUUCGUUCGGUGGUGUAGCUGUCUAAUUUUUUUGAACUGGCAAAUAACGACAGCUUUCCUAGAUUUUCUGAACCAAGAAUUAUCAACGCAGCACGUCUUGUCAAAGUUUUGGGCAAAGAUGCAGUUGUUUUUGAACGGACAGAAUACACACGUCUUGGACGUGACGGGACAAGAGACCGUUCAAGACAUCAAGGUUCACAUCCAAGCCCUUGAAGGGGUGUCUGUGGCAGAUCAGGUGCUGUUUCUGAAUGGCACUCCCUUGGAGGAUGGUGCCUCUCUGCAGCAUUGUGGGAUCUCUGAGCACUGCACUCUGGAUGUGGUGGCUAGGAUGCUGGGAGGUAAGGUCCAUGGGUCCCUAGCUCGUGCUGGAAAAGUACGAGGACAGACUCCAAAGGUGGACAAACAGGAGAAGAAGAAGAAGAAGACAGGGCGUGCUAAGCGUCGUAUCCAGUAUAAUCGGCGUUUUGUCAAUGUGGUGCCCACGUUUGGCAAGAAGAAGGGCCCCAAUGCCAACUCGUAAACCGCUUGUGUCAUAGGGCACAGGGCUAACAUUUCUGGAUGUAAUGAUUUUCUGCAAAAUUUGUUUGGGGAACAAUGAUUGGUGAAAAGUCACUUCAUAAUUUGUUUUUCCUCAAUUCCCAAUUUGUCAUAAUUAAGGGGUAUUUCUAACUGUACUUUUAUAAUGAUUUAAAUAAAAUGCAUAAUAUAUUUGAGAAUGUAUAUGUUGUACCAACUUUUUGCUUUUUGAAAAAUAAAGCAGUGAAAGCAUUGUUUGAAAUUUCAA